GCCUGCGCUGACCGACACACACACACACCAGGUCCUUCCCAGGCCAUUCCCAGCAGAGGUGCAGGGUCCUCUCCGACCAGCCUCAUGAGGUCCCCAGGGCAACUUUUGCUCCUUGGAUCGCUGGCCCUCUGGGCCAACCUGCCUGCGGUGUCCGGCGACUUGGGGAUCUGCAUCCUUCCUCCGGACGGGGGGCUCUGCUUUGUUCUAGAACGGCGCUGGUACUACGACUACGAGAAGAAGAAAUGCCUCCCCUUCUCCUGGGGCGGGUGCACCAGCAACGAGAACAACUUUGAGACCCGAAAGCAGUGCGAGGAUGCCUGCAGCCAUUACGGUUAACAGAGACGCUGGAGAGGAGAGGCUGAGCAACAUUGGGAGCAGCCGACAGGCGCAAGACCCCGGAUGUGGACCCCCAGCCGAGAGCCCCAGGGCAGGGGGCAGGGCCGGGGGCGGUGGGGGAACCCUGUGUCUUGUGCUCCUCAAAUAAGAAAGGCAAGCACUCUCGCACAUGCCUCCAUCCAUCUGACUCAGCUUUUGUGAAUGAGAGGGUGUUCCCAUAAGGAAGGGGUAGGGGUGGAGGGGAAUGGAACGGAUGACGUUGCCUUCAAGAGAAACGGUCUCCUUCAGGUCUGACGGAAGAAGGACAGGGUUAGCCUUUGCUGAACGGGGUCUGGCCACGCUGACGAGACAGGGACGCCUCCAAAGAGCUGGGUGGGUGGGAAGGCCAACGGCACGGGGAGGGCAGGGAACCCAUUUAGAAACCUCCCCCUUCCAGGAGGUCUGCUGGGCUUAGAUGCAGAGACUCUUUUGCAGGAAGUUCAGCCACAAAUGGGGGUGUGGGUGCGUGUGCUGGCCUGCGGCUGAAUCCCGUCCACAGGUCUUUCCCAUUUCAACCCACAAAGGGCCCAUGGAUGCCCCUCCCCUUUCCCAGAUCCCACCGCUGCCACCAAAGCACCCCCUCCCAGGGAUCCCCCAUACACCCCACUGGCCUGGGAGUAUGGGGCGGGGAGAGGCGUCCACCCCCAUCAGAGCCAACGGUGGAGGGAUCCAAGCCAUUGUCUUCAGCCUUUAAUGUCGGAUGACACAAAU